AUGUCGAUCAUCACUAGAGCCUUCGAAUGCACUCUCAAGACCUGUACUCUGGAUUAUGCUAUGAUCCACUACAUUCCCACACUGGCCGGGAACGCUCUAUUUCUCGCACUCUUCUCUAUCGCGAUGGUACUUCAUCUGGUCCUAGGUGUGUGGUACCGUACCUACUCAUACUUGAUUGCCCUGGGCUGUGGCCUGCUCCUGGAGAUUAUAGGUUACGCCGGGCGAAUCAACCUUCACUAUGACCCAUUUUCUUUCAACGCCUUCCUGCAGUACCUGAUUUGCCUCACCAUUGCCCCCGCCUUCAUCUGUGCUGGGAUCUACUUUUGUUUUAGUCGGGUGGUGAUUGAGUACAAUGGGCGCAUUGGUGCCUCGCGUGGAGGACGGACCUCGCUGUCCCGACUGCAGCCCCGCACAUACUCGAAGAUCUUUAUUUCCUGCGAUGUCGUCUGUUUGAUCUUGCAGUCCGCGGGUGGUGCGAUCACGUCCACUGCCGGGACGUCUAACACCAGCCUAAGCGACCUUGGGAUCAACAUUAUGAUUGCUGGCUUGGCGUGCCAGGUGGUCUCGCUGGCAGGAUUUGUCGGCCUCGCAGUAGACUUCGCGAUUCGAGUGCGACGUCAACAGGCGCGCGGGCCGGCGUCGCUUCUACCCACGAAGUGGGAAACUGGGUGGAAAUGGACGGGGUUUUUGGCCUGCUUGGUGGUCGCCACUAUCACCAUUUUCAUUCGUUCGUGUUUCCGAGUCGCAGAGCUCAAGGGUGGAUUUACAAGUGAACUAGCAAAUGAUCAGGUCACUUUCAUGAUCCUCGAAGGGACUAUGAUGAUCAUCGCAUGUGGUGCCUUGACAACCAUCCAUCCUGGGCUGGUGUUCCCGCGGGAGCGCUGGAGUGCACCCGACCAGUCGGGUUUGACUCGCGUGUCGAGUCAGUCGAGUCAGAUAGAGAUGCGUCAAGGCCUGGGUAUAUAG